CCUCCUGGUCCCUCGCCCCUACGCCCAGGCCGCUUCCGGGUUGAAGGAUGUCCUCCAAGCCCGACUCAGACUCGGUUCCACUCCUGCCGCCGCCCGCUUCACAGAGCGUGGCUCUGGUGCCGGCUUCGCCGACGUCGUACGAUGUGGUUCCGGCAUCGGCGAGCCCCGGCACCAGCUUCGGCAUCUCUCCCUGGCCUGGGGACCACAGCACGAGCUCCUCCUCGCAGUGGGAUCGCGAGCGAUCGGCCGCCGAAGACCUGCAUGCGUACAACAUCAACCUCGCACGCAACCUCACUCGGGUUCGGCGGAAUUAUGGCCAGCUGUUCGAUUUGUUGGCCGGCGUCAGCCGAUCCGGCGUGCUUGGGACAUGUAACUUCAACUACACCGGCACGCAGGCCGCAGAUGGUGGCCCGCCGGUGCUGCCGGAGCCGGCUCUGCUCAAGACCCGGCCCUUCUUCACCAAUGCCACGCUCUUCCCGCUGAUCAGCUCGCCCUAUGCCAGCGAGGUGUUCGCCUACUACGCGGAGAACGAGGACCUGAUCCACCCGGCCGAGCGAUCGAUCAUUCACCGGUCCAAGGCCUACACCAGCAUCAUCAGUGGCUCGGCCUUCGGGCUCUUCCUCGGCAUGAUGUACCUGAUGACGCGGCCAUACAUCCGCAACAAACUUUGGACUGUGGCCGGUGCCUUCAGUGGGGCGCUUCUGGCCACCUAUGCCAAUGAGAAGCAACAACAGCAUGCCGUGCGCCGACUGUUUAACAUCGGCUCAGUCAUUGGCGCGCAUUUGAUGUUUGUCCCGCUCAAACCCACUCUUCCCCCUGGUGGUGAGACGUAUUGGCUGGACCGGGCACUUCCGCCCCCGGCUUUCCCCUCCGGGCGGGCCUUCUCGGAGCAUGUGCGCAUCCUGGCCGACAUGUCGCCAAGCGAGGCACAGGCAUAUGUGGCCGGGCUGCCCGUCACUCAGGCCACGCCGGUGACCAGCGUCCCCGAGGACAUGGCCCACUACCCCCGGGAGGCCUUCACCAACCCGGCAUCCGGCUGGCUUCUGGACUCCUGGCUAUUGGCAAUUCCACGCACUGGCCAAGGUGCCCGGACGGUGGCCGAGGCCUUGCUGGCUUUCCUCCGGCAGAAGGUGGCCCUCGGUGCCGGGGCCGGGACCCUCUUCGACAUGGCUGAGCCGGAGUUCCCGCAGCUCCUGCGCCGUCUUGGCCUCGGGCGCCGCGGAUCGGCCGGCAGCCCCGAGGCCGGUCCGGUGGAAUCCCUGGCCCGGCGUCUGGCCGACGGCCUGGUCUCCAGUGCGCGAGGUGAAAAGUCCGAUCGCGAGGAAAUGGCGGACACUGAGAGGGGACUGCUCUUUCCGGCAGGGCAGGCUGUCACGAAUGUGGCCCUGACACAGGGAUCCUGGCUCGGUGGCCGGGCCACGACCCAGCAAUUCAUCGCCCACUAUGGCCAGCUGUCCGACCGGUGUGAGCGUCUGCUGGACAUCCGUCCGGAGCAGCUGAACCAGCCGGAGCUUUUCAUCAUCCCGGAGCCCCCGUCGCAGUGACCAUACGGGCCGCAUAGAGGCCCAUUUCCGCUGA